AUGUCAGUUCUUAUAAAUACACAUAAACCUUAUAUACACAUCGUUUUGUUAUUAUGCGGUUUCGUUACAAAAAAUUCAUCAGCGAAAGAGCAUUCAAAAGAACACACAAAAAAACAUCCAAAAGGGAAAAGAAAGGAUAAACAAAAAAAAAAAUUACAUAGAUGUAAAAUUGAUAGCGAUCCAUGUAGAAGAGUAAAUGAAUUAUCGGCUCCAUGUAAUCAAACUUUACCUCCUCCUACAAGUAAAGUUUCUAUAUACAAAUUAUCAUCUGAUGGAAAUGGGAAUGCUUGUAAUUGUAAUCAAUUGUAUUAUGAUUCUUUAAGUUUUUGUGUUCAUUGUAUGAACGGUCCAGGUAAUAAAGUGUCCAUUCAACCAUUAAACGAGUGGAAAAAUUCUUGUAUUCAGCAUGGAACCCCAUUUACUGAGUUUCCGCCAUCAUAUCUAAUGCCAUCAUCUCAAUUAGAUGGUGGAAAUUCGACUCAGAUUAUGCCACUUUAUAACGAUAAUAAUACCACCCUUGACAUAUUAAUUGUAGUCUGUGUGUUUGAAACCGUAAUAAUUUUAACUGGAAUCGGUUUUUGUAUAUAUUACCGACUGUGUUAUAAAAAUAGAAAUAGUGCCAUUAUACCAAAAAAAUCCAAUAAUUCAAAAAUAAGCACACUAAAAAAUGAUGAUGUUUCAAGUACGUCAAAUACAGACAAUCAGCUAGAACAAUAA